AUGGCGAACGACUAUGGUCAUCUCAACAGAAAAGAUGAUGAGAUAUUUGCAAAGCUCUUUGAUCUAACCAAUCAUGUGAAGAUGCUUGAGGUGCAAGUUGCUCAAACUGCAGAAGGUAUGAAGAGGCAAGAGGGUUUUCUUCCAAGUAAGACUGAGUUAAAUCCAAGAGUUUGCAAAGUUAUCACAACUCAGAACAAGGACGUGGUCUCACCAGCCCCUAGAGAUCAUUCAACCCUCAAAAACCCAUUGGAAUGGCCUGAAGAUGAUGAGCCAAUCUACAAGGGACCUCAUCAAAGAAAGCUGCAUAAGAUGGAAGAUCCAGGGCAAUUUGUUUUCCCAUGCACAAUCAAUGGUAUGGAUUUUAUUGAUUCCCUCUGCGAUACAGGAGCUAAUGUGAAUGUUAUGUCUAAGCUUAUAGCAGAUGAGCUUGGAAUAGUUGACAUUAAAGACUCUCAAACAUCACUGAAGUUUGGAAACGCCUCUACUAUUACCCCAUAUGGCUUUGCUCAAGAUAUAUUGGUACAAGUGGGAGGUUGUCUUGUUCCUACAGAUUUUCAUAUUCUAGAGAUGAAUGAGGAACCCCUAACGCCAUUGGUUUUUGGUAGUUCCUUCCUUGCAACAGUUGGAGCUAAUGUGGACUAUCCAAACCAAAGAGUUUCUUUCUCUAGAGUAAAGAAGAGAGUCUUUUAUCCAGCAGUCCCUACCAAGAGCUCUUAUUGUAUAACCAUUAGGAAUGGCAGCAGAUUGAGUUUAGACCAUGGAGAAGAGAAGGAGAAGCCUCAAAACGUUUCCAAGCAAGCUCUUUACAUAAGAUCUUAUGAAGUUAUCAAAUCAGUGAACUCUGAUCAUGAAAGUUGCUUAAGAGACAAGGUUUCGACUGUGAUGCCUAAAGAGUGUGAUGCAGAUAGUUCUAAGGAAGUUUUCCACCUUGAGAGACGUCCUAGAGCACCUCCAAAACCAGCACCAUCCGACACUCCUUGGUUUAGAUACAUUGCCAACUAUCUUGCUGCUGAUCAUCCACCACCCCAAUUCUUUGGCUACAAGAAGAAGAAAUUCUUACGUGAUGUUAGAAGGUACUUUUGGGACGAACCUUAUCUUUAUAAACAUUGUUCUGAUGGUAUGUUUAGAAGAUGUAUUCCAGAAGAAGAAGUCCCAGGAGUUCUCUUUGCUUGUCAUGGAUCUGACUAUGCAGGACAUUUUGCUACUAACAAGACUGUUGCUAAGAUCUUGCAAGCUGGUUUUUGGUGGCCCACCAUGUUUAAGGACGCCCAUGACUUCAUCUCUAAGUGUGAUGCUUGCCAGAGACAAGGAAACAUCAGCAAAAGGAAUGAGAUGCCACAAAACUUCAUCCAAGAAGUGGAAGUUUUUGAUGUUUGGGGAAUAGACUUCAUGGGUCCUUUUCCUUCUUCUUAUGGGAACAAGUACAUCCUUGUUGCUGUUGACUAUGUGUCUAAGUGGGUAGAAGCCAUAGCCAGCCCUACAAACGACUCCAAGGUGGUGAUAAAGUUAUUCAAGUCGAUCAUCUUUCCAAGAUUUGGUAUCCCACGAGUUGUGAUUAGUGAUGGAGGAUCUCAUUUCAUCAACAAGGUCUUUGAAAGUCUACUGAAGAAAAAUGGAGUGAGACACAAGGUUGCUACUCCUUAUCACCCUCAGACAAGUGGGCAAGUAGAGAUUUCUAACAGAGAAAUCAAGAGGAUCUUAGAGAAGACAGUGGGAAUGACAAGAAAGGAUUGUAAAGAAGCUAAACUACGACAUCAAGACAGCAAAGGAGAGCGCUUGAUUCAGUUGAAUGAGUUGGAUGAAAUUCGUCAUAAUGCCUAUGAGAAUUCUAGGAUCUACAAGGAAAGAACAAAAGCAUAUCAUGACAAGAAGAUAGUCCCCAAGACGUUCUCUCCCAAUGACCAGGUUCUCCUUUUCAACUCACGCCUGAAACUCUUUCCCGGUAAGCUUAGAUCGCGAUGGUCCGGACCUUUUAAGAUAAAAGAAGUGAAACCAUAUGGCGCUGUUGUACUAUGGAACCGUUCUGGAGGUGAUUUCACUGUUAAUGGACAAAGACUCAAGCCAUAUCUCGCAGACAUUGAUGAGGAUGAGAGAGAAACAUUCCUUUAG